AUGUCUGCGAAAAGGGCUGAAGUCAUCCUUGGGAGCGACAAUUACUUCCACUGGGGGUUUGUCAUGCGAAUGACGCUGGCGAGAAAGGGACUGCUAGCACACAUCCAGAUGGCCAAGCCCGAAGCUGAGAUGACUGAAGCGUGGGUGAUUAAUGACAUGAAGGCACUGGGAUUGAUUGCUCAAGGCAUUGCGGUGGAGCAUCACACCAAGAUUCGGUCGGCAACGACGGCUAUCCAGGCAUGGAUUACGUUGCGUGAGUUCUACAAUCGUACGACGAUGCACAAUCGGGUGACGAUGACUCGCCGUCUUCAUGAUUUUAAGAUGGACGACGGCGUGACGAUGACCCAGCAUCUGGACAAGUUCGAUGAACUAAUUGUUGGUCUCCAGUCUCUGGGAGAGCCAAUUGACGAAGCGCGACAGCUCGUGGUUUUGCUCAGCAGUCUGCCUGCAGAGUACGAGAUCAUCGCGUCGAUCGUGGAGAACGCCAAGGACGUCACUCUCAUUGAGGUAAAGGAGAAGCUUCUUAAGGAGUAUGAGCGACAGGACAAGAAGGAAGCCACGGAACGCGCGCUAAAGGCUACAACACAUGGGAUAAAGUCGAAGAACGCAAGGUUCGACAAGAGCGGAAGGAACAAUGGACGCAAGGACAACAUCUCGAGGAAACGAAGUGGGUUCAAAGGCAAAUGCUUCAACUGUGACAAGUUCGGUCACAUGAAGCGGGACUGCCCGGACUUUAAGGGGCCUGGCAAAAAUGAAGAGGACGCUGUUUUCGCUGCCGGGGAGAGUCGAUCAUCAGGGUGGCUGAUCGACAGUGGUGCAACGGCACACAUGACGCCGCACCGAGAAGACUUGUUCGACUACAAAAACCUAGUGACAAGCAUUGAGGUGACCAUCGCGGAUGGAAAGAAGAUCCGUGUGGUAGGAACCGGAUCGGUGCGUUUAACGGGCAUUGACGGCAAGCGCAUUCGGAUGUUAGAUGUUCUCCACAUCCCUGGCCUGGAUCGACGACUACUAUCGGUCGGCAAGCUUGCAGAACGCGGACUCAAUGUUGAGUUCGAGCGCACAUCAUGUAUCAUUUGGAACAAAAAGCAAGCCACCGCCUCGGGGAAAAAGGUCGGCAAGGCCUACAUACUAGAAUGUCAGCAGGAAACGGCGCAAUACGUGGAAUAUUCGGACGUCGAUAGCAAUUAUGAUCUUUGGCACGCUCGUAUGGGUCACUUGAACAAGGACGCGCUGGAAACGCAGCGUGUGACGACUGGUAUUACAAUUACCAAUUUCAAGACGAAGGCGCUAUGCAGUGGAUGCUUGAAAGGCAAGCAAACGGUGACACAAUUCCCAUCUCAUUCACAGACGAAGACGUCUCGUGUUCUGGAACAUGUGCACACGGACGUAAUGGGACCGAUGAAGACGAGAUCAAAAGGUGGCGCAAAGUAUAUGCUUACCUUUGUUGACGACUACUCAAAGUACGUUGUGGAAUACUUCCUUAAGAAGAAGAGCGAAGUGCCGAGAAGAUUUGAGUCUUUCAAGACCAUGUACGAGAAUCAGUGGGGAGAGCGCAUCAAGUGUCUACGUUCUGACAGCGGCACUGAGUUUGUAAACAAGGCCAUGGAUGAAAUCUGUCAGCGUAACGGAAUUUUUCAUCAAAAGACUGUGCCAUACAGCCCUCAACAAAAUGGAGUGGCUGAGCGGAUGAACCGAACGAUUAUGGAGAAGGCACGGAGCAUGAUGCACUACAAGGGUGUUUCUACUUCCUGGUGGGCAGAGGCAGUUAGCAGGCAGUGUACUUAA